AUGGGAACAGAACUGUCCAAGAUUAGAAUGCAACAGCCUCUCAGAGAGCUGCUAAAAAAUCACGGAACUCCGCUAAAAGCGAAAACAGCUCGAACGUUUCUUGAUACAAUAGAAAAGGUUUCUCCGUGGUUUUUGGAUGAAGGAUUGUUAAAUAUCCCUCAAUGGGAGCAUUUGGGAGAAGAUCUGUGCAUGGCAGAGAAACAAAGGUCACUCCCUGUGGGAACUUUAGCCAUUUGGUCUUUGAUUAAAUCUUGUUUGCAGCAUAAAGAAAAACGAAACUUAAGAGGGCCUUUAGAAGAGGGAAGUCAGGUCAUAGAGGAGAUUAAAGAGGAACGGUCUUGUUCUCAUCACUCAGAAGGGAAGUGUGACUCAGAUGGGGAGGAUUCAGAAGAGGAACUUUCAGGGGAGGAACUAGAAAAGACAUUUGGGGAGCUAACAAUGCGAUCUGAGCGCUCUGAGUGCCCUCUAGUGCCUGUAACGCCUAGCGCACCGCAAAUGGAGUCAAUAAAAAAGGAACCUUAUAAUAGACAUCAAGGAUGGGCUUCUUUAACAUCUACCAUUUAUCCAGUGUUUGAGGAUGCACAGCAACAACGCUAUCACCAACCUUUAGAUUUCAAGAUGGUAAAACAAUUAAAAGAGGCUACCCCCAUGUACUUCUUCCUCUCCAACCUGUCCCUGGCUGACAUUGGUUUCAUCUCCACCAUGGUCCCAAAGAUGAUUGUGAACCUCCUAAAUCACAGCAGAGUCAUUUCCUAUGGGGGUUGCCUGACACAGAUGUCUGUUUUCAUCAUUUUUGGAUGCAUGGAUGAUCUGCUGCUGACCAUGAUGGCCUAUGACCGCUUUGUGGCCAUCUGUCACCACUUGCACUACUCAGUCAUCAUGAACCCUUGCCUGUGUGGCUUCAUACUUUUGCUGUCUCUUUUAAUUAGCCUUUUGGACUCCCAGCUGCAAAAUUUCAGUGUCUUAAACUUUUUCUACUUCAAGGAUGUAGAAAUUUCCAAUUUCUUCUGUGACCCUUCUCAACUCCUUAAUCUUACCUGUUCUGAAACUUUCUCCAGUACCAUUGUCAAGUGCUUUGUUUUUGCCAUAUUUGGUUUUAUUCCCAUUUCCGGAUCUUUUUUCUCUUAUUACAAAAUUAUUUCCUCUAUUCUGAGAAUCCCAUCCUCAAGUGGGAAGUACACCUUCUCCACCUGUGAGUCUCACCUGGCAGUUGUCUGUGUAUUUUAUGGAACUGGCCUUGAAAUGUACCUGGGCUCAGCUGUGUCACAUUCUCCCAGAACAGGUGCAGUGGUCUCAGUGAUGUACACACCCAUGCUGAAACCCUUCAUCUACAGCUUACAGAAUAAGGACUUAAAAAACUCCCUGGGGAGGCUGUGCAGCAGAUUGUACUGA